GUUAGUUUCAUAGUUUCACUUCUCUUAUUUAUUAUUCUUUUAAUUUGCAACUUUGUACGUAAAAAAACGUAUUUUUACGAUUUUAUAUUGUAAUAAACUUUAAUUUUUUAAAGGAUUUACUAUUGUCCAGUAUGAUACACCCAUAUUUUGUAGCUAGUUUAAUGGUGGGAACUGUUGUUGUGGCUUAUGGCGUUUACAUUGUUUACAAAGAAUUCGCAGAAGAACCUAUUUUGCUUCACAAUACACGGGGUCGUGAAGGUUAUCGAAGCGAUGACGAAGAUUCUAUUAUAGAGUCUGAAAAAAAUGGGUUGAGAAGGAGAAGAGCGAAAAAUGAUAAAAAUGAUAGAAAUGAUGAGGAAGAACAAGAGUUGUUAGAUAAGUAUUCAUAUCUAACUGCUUUGGAACAGGAGAUUGAACGUAAAAAGAAGCAAUUGGUUGAUGAAGAACGCAUUUUAUAUGAAAAGGAGCAAGAAAUUCAACAGAGAAAACUGCAUUUGCAAAGUAUUAAUUCACAAUCCAGCUCAAAUUCGGAUAGUGAAAUAUCACCUCUUACCACUCAACGUAAGAGUUCUAUCAGUUCUUCCGAAACUUCAGCUAGUGAAAUUAUUGUGAAUUAUAAACCGGUGUUGACCGAAGGAACAUUACCAGUAAAUUCCAAUUCGCCACAGUCUGUUAUUUCUGUCAAAACUGGUUCUAGUGAUGAAAAUGAUCAACCCAGAAAUAAAUUCUCAGAUGUAGCAGCUCAUACAAUUCUUUCUCAACAUUUAUCACAUAUUACUCAUCAACAGCAAACUCCUGAUCCUUCUAUAAUAAAUCAAAAUUCUGAUAUUCUUGCAGAUUCUAAAACAAAUCCAUCUUCAAUAUCUGAACACAGUAAUCAUUCAACUGGUUAUCAUCAGCAACAUUCAUAUCCGGUAAAUAAUUCUCACUUUAUUGCUAAAUCAAUUGCAUCAGAAGAAACUUGGUCUGAGGUAGAUUCUGUACUUUCGGAGAAUAUUGGAAGUAUUAUGUCAUCGGCCGUAGAUAUUGAUAUGGAAGAAGUAGAUGUCAUUGAGCAUUAAAUAUUGGGGUGCUAUACAUUGUUAAUCAUUUGUACUUUUCUAUCGAUAUUUUUUCUUUUUUAUCUGAAUAAUUAUGCAAAAAAAAUGAUUUUUCGGUAUAUUUAUAUACGAGAUAUUAUCCUAUCUGAAGGAGGAAAGAAACAAAGCAACAAAUAUUGUGGAUAUUAUAGUGAUUGAAGUAAAAAUUGUUAUUCUUUUUAAAUAAAGAAAUAUUUUAAGAUAUC